CCAGCGUGUGUACCAUAAAAAUCCGUUCAGUGAGAGUUUGCGAUCCCGCGGGUACGGUCGGAACUAACGGGACUUGAACGGCGUGUCGCGAGCAGAGUGCGAAAGGAAUUGCAUUCCGGCCAUUGGAGCAAAUUCAUCCAAAACGUGCAUCCAAAAAUCAACGAUUCUGCUGAUUCCCAUCAGCAUUCCAGCAUUGGGGAUAUGUGUUCAAAGUAGAUAGUGAAGCCCAUAAGUACAAUGUGCUUAUCCUAGAAGCUGGAUAAGGGCAAACUGAAAAGUGUGGAAAGUGUGUUUAAAGUCGCGGCCAUCGAGCUACAAACAACGCAACUUGUUCGCAAUCGUUUGCGAAUUAAUUUAAAUCGAAAUCAAGCAAAAAUAAAUCGCGCGAAAGAACUACAUACGAAAAAUGCUCGCGCUGCAAAGUGUGAAAGGCAUCUGAGCCGGAAAGUAGGCAACCCGGGUGCAGGAGCACCAGGACACCCCGCAUUCACGGCCCCCAGAAACCCCCUCGUCCUCGUCCUCCCCUCACCACUCACACUCUCCGCAGGAUCGAGGGCUGGGUCGCCACCAUGAGCAGGACCUCCAGCCGCUCGCUCUCCCUGCCGCUCUGCCUGCUCGUCCUGUCCGCGCUAAAUGGCCCAGCGGCGGCGGCAUCUCGCGUCCGCGUCAGCUCCUCGACCACCAUGACCAGGAACAUCGAGGAGGAGAACGCCCUACUUUUACUUUUAGCUGGACCUCCCGUGCUAUCUGAGUCCAUAAUGGGAACGGUCGGCCGGCUGCCCUGCAACGUCACCCCGCCCAUUUACGAGGAUCGAGUGGCGCUGGUCAUCUGGUACAAAGUUGGCCUGAAGACUCCCAUUUACAGUGUGGACACACGCGACUCGAACUUCGCCCAGGGAACGCACUGGUCGGAUGAGACCUACCGGGAGCGGCUCUCCUUCCACGUGGAAGGACGUGCCGGCACGCUGACCAUCAAGUCAACCACGGAGGACGACACGGGCGAGUAUCGCUGCCGCGUCGACUUCCAGAAGAGUCCGACUCGCAACUCCAAAGUGAAUUUAACUGUCAUAAUUCCGCCCGAGUCGGUGAUUAUAUUGGACAGCAAGGGUGUGACCAUCGAAGAUCACACGCUGGGUCCUUACAACGAGGGCUCUGGGAUAAACAUCACGUGCGUGGCCAUCGGCGGCCGCCCGCAGCCGAGGGUUACCUGGCUGCACGGAAACACCGUCUACAAGAACGCCAGUGUGGGCCAACCCCUGUCCGAGCGACGGGUGGGCAAUACCCUGUCCUUGGCGCGACUGGAGCGCAGGAAUCUUCACAUGCAGCUAACGUGCCGGGCGGAGAACAAUAAUUUGACAACGCCAAUUAUCAGCAGCGUCGUCCUCGACAUGAACCUGCGUCCUUUGAUUGUGAACCUGCAGGGGGAGAAUCGAGCCCUGUCGGCGGGGAAUUCUUAUCAGCUCAGCUGCGUUGUCAUCGGAGCACGUCCAGCGCCGACGAUUACCUGGUGGAAGGGCAGUACCCCCAUGAAGAAUACUCACGAGAUUGCUACACCGGACGGAAAUCUGACUACCUCGGUGCUGACAUUCACGCCCACCAUCGAUGACCGCGGCAAGUUCCUCUCGUGCCGCGCGGAGCAGAGCAUGAUACCCGAGUCCGGAAUGGAGGACGGCUGGAAAUUGGACAUAUAUCACAUACCGGUGGUGAGCCUGGAGCUGGGAACCAAUUCGCUGAACUCCACACUGCGCGAGGGAAUCGAUGUCUUCUUCGAGUGCAACAUCAAAUCGAAUCCUUGGAUAUACGAAGUUAGCUGGCGGCACAAUGGCAAGAUUCUAACCAACAAUCCAGCCGAAGGCAUCGCCGUCUCCAACCAGAGUCUGGUGCUCCAAAAUGCCAGCCGGGCGAGAAGUGGCAUCUACACCUGUGUGGGCAGCAAUCGGGAGGGCGACGGCGAGAGCAAUCCCGUCCAGCUGGACAUACGAUUUGCUCCUGUUUGCCGACCUCGCCAGCGGCUCUCCUACAGCUCGGGCAGGCAUGAGACCGUCAAGGUGGCCUGCGAAAUUGAUGCCAAUCCCGCGGAGGCCACCUACGUUUGGAAAUUCAAUGCAACCCAGGGCGAAACAGUUGACAUACCGGCUUCGCAAGUGGCCGUGGAUCGGGGCCGGAGUAUAGCCCAUUACACGCCCAUGACGGAGAAUGACUACGGUACGCUGCUCUGCUGGGCCACCAACGAAAUUGGCGAUCAAAGUGAACCCUGCGUAUACACAAUAUUCCCAGCAGGCGAACCGGAUCCGUUGCUAAACUGCACGGUGCUCAACCAGACAUCGACGGGCUUCCAAAUCGAAUGCAUCGAGGGCUUCAAUGGCGGCCUGCAGCAGGACUUUAUAAUGGAGGUUUACAUGAACGGAACGACACGACAUCCCAAAAUUUCAAAAUCAAAGCGACCGUACUUUGAGGUAAGCGGACUGGUGCCCGGCAUGGGCUACAAUGUCUUCCUCAUCGCCAACAACAGCAAGGGCCGUAGCAACGCCACCAUUUUGCAGGUCUACACGCUGAAGGAUCCGGAGAAGCAGACGGUUAAAAUAACAUUCACUAAGUCCUUCCAAGGACUUAGGCCUGCCUAUCCCAAAUCAAAAGCGACAGCGACCACGACCAGCGACUGCGUUUGCGAUGAGGAUGAGUUCCUAAAUCUGGGCAAGGGAAUUAGCCACGACGAGGGCACAGACGCUGACCAGCAAGAAGACCUCUCGUUGGCCUAUGCCCCCGUCAUCGAGGACAUCCGGCCAUUCCUCGGCAUUCUGGCCGGCAUCGUGGGCAGCAUUUUCCUGGUGGCCCUCAUCAUUGUGAUUGUGGUGCGUGUGCGCGGCUCUUCGGGGCGCGAUCGCAAUAAUUACUCGCAUCCGGGAAGCGGCGUCGGCGGCGUGGGCGGCACCACCGGCAACGGCAGUGGGAUGGGCGGCGGUGGCGGCGGAGUGGGCGGCACCACGGCCAACGGGAAUGGCAGUCUGGGGCUGCUGGCGAGCAACAACAAUGGCAGCCUCGUCAUCGGCACCCUGGGCCACAAUGGCGGGCAAUCAGUGCAGGAUAUGCACCGCAUCGGCCGGGAGACGUGCCAUGUGACGAGCAGUCUGGACAGCAUCGACAAGAAUCCGGACAUCAUACCGCAAGACGGACACGACCUGGACGAUGAGUGGACGACAAAGGGACAUGGACGCACUUACGCCACGGCGGCGAUGGCCGAGCAGAAUGCCGUGAUAACCUCCGGCACCUAUGAUCACCUGAUGCCCACGUACGCCGUGGUCGACAAGAAGACAGCACCGCCUCCCGGCCAUGGCCAGUACAUCCAGUAUAAUACACUCAUUCCCGUUAGCAAAAUGGGCGCUUAUGCCAAUCAACAGCAGCAGCUCCAGCAGCAGCCGCAACAGAAGACUGAGCUCAGCUAUAGCGAACUAAGCGCUCCUCUCGUCAGCGGUCCGGUGGGCGUUCAGCGGAUGGCCCCCUACUGCAGCGCGACCUUGGGACGUCCGGGCAGGCAGGCGGAACUUAAGCGGGCGGAGCCGAACAUCUACUCGCAGGUAAAUGUGAUGAUGGACGACGAGAUUCUGGCCGACUUGCAGGCGGCCACAGCAUCCGGCAGAAGCUAUGUGGCUGGAGCCGUGGUCGACAAUGUGGGCGGAGCGCCCAAUCUCUACGUUCAAGGCUAUGCGACGCGUAUCGAUCUGGCACAUCAUCCCAUGCCCAUGUACUCAACGAGCCCGAUGUUUGGCACGAACAGCACCAUCACCGGAGUCACCAUGUCGCAUCCAUCACAAUUGGCCACCUUCUCGCCGACGCCGCCGCCGCCCAUCUUCACCCACAGCAUGGUGACCACUGGCGAUGGGCUCCUGCAGCCGGUGACGUGCAUGGGCCUGGUGGCAACAUCUUCGGCAGGGGCAUCGGUUCCUGGACCUGUUCCACUGCCCCCGCAGCAACAGCAACAGCAGCAGCUGACAGCGGCCAAUGGCGGAAACGGAAGCAUCGUCGGCAUGGGCAUGAGCCUUUAUGGCAGCGAUGUGGGCAAGCCACAGCUGCUAAAGACCGUGCCGGAGGAGGUGCACCACCAGCUGAACGGGGAGGAUAUCCUGAUCGCCCAGGAUCGCAAUCUCGGAUCGGGAACUCGCUUCUGACGCUAAGCUCUAGGUCGGGAGGAGCAACUAAUCUAAAGUCAGAGCCAAACAGGGAAUGCAAAUCAAAAGAGAGAACUAUGAGAAACUACAGAAAAAUCGGGGAAUAAUUGGUAAACAAAUUGACUAUAAGUUGUAUGUGAUGAGCCAGCAAAAAAGCCACAAUUGAGUUGAUUUUAAAGCAGAGGGAGCUGCCUUAGCUAGCACUCUUUUACGAAAGCAAAGAACAUUAUGCGUGGAUACCAAAUGGAUGAUGGCAUACCCUGUAAAAAGAUAACAAUAAACUGUGCAUGUAAAUUGUUCGAGGCAAACGUGAAGCUCAGCAAGAAAAAUCCAUUAGGCCUAAGAUGACGUGUACAUUACGGAAUACAAUUAACACUUAUAGCUCUAAUUGAAACUAACAUUACAUCUGGAUAAAAAAAAAACACUGAAUUGUUAAUAUAUUUUUAAACAACAGCUUUAAGCGCCAAAAGAGAAACAUAAACUUUUAGCUAAGUAAACGAAUUCAUAAUUGUUGUUGACCUUAGUUUGAGUAACCUAGCUCCCAUUACCAUUUAGCUUGUAACUUAGGCGUAACUAAGGCAUUUACAACAACAUCUAAAUCAAAUUCAUCUAGCUUUAAGCUCCGACUUAGCAUAGUUCAAAUUGUAAUAAAAAGAUCAUAAAGAAUUUAAAGAAACACUAACCCUAAGGUAACCAAAUAAU